AUCUCUAUUGAUCAAAAGAGACAAUUUUUGUAUUUAUCCAUUCUACAGGCACCUAUUUUAAGAGCAAGGCAACGAACAGGCAGUCGAGAAGAAAAACGACUCUAUACUCUAAAAUAUUAUUUCCUUAUAGAUGGAAAAAAAAUACAGGUGUGUCGAACAUAUUUUUUAAACACCCUUAAUAUUUCACAGACAUUUGUCAGGUUUUCUCUACAAAAACGACAAUCGAGUGGCAUGUUCGAAUGUGAUAAAAGGGGGAAACAGCCAUCAGUGAAUAAAAUUAAGGAUGAAGAUAAGAAUGCGAUUCGUUAACACAUCAUGUCAUUUCCAGGUGAGGAGGCGCACCGCAAAAAAGUAUUUGGGCAGUCAUUUGAACAUUUCCACCAUGUAUAAAUUGUAUAGAGAACAACGCCAAUUGGAGAACAUACGUCCAGAAGACAUUCUUAAACAAUGGAUUUAUAGCCAAAUCUUUAACACUGAAUUUAACCUAGCAUUCCCUCCUCCUGCAAACGAUACCUGUGAUGAGUUUGCUGUCAAUCUGAGGCAGGCAGGUUCUCCCAUUGAGAGAGAAAAAAUACAAACGGAUUAUGAUUCACAUUUAAAUGAAGCUGAUAAAAGAUACGAAUUAAAAAAACAAGAUAAACAGUUACCCUUAGACAAACCUGAAAAAAUUGUGUUAAUGAUUGACCUGUAAAAGUGUUUACAUGUCCAAAAUUAUCAAAUGCUCAAAGUUUUUGUAGUUUGAAAUUAUGGUGCUUUAACUAUACAAUCUACGAUUCCUCAAAUAAGAAAGCAAAUUGCUUAAUCUGGAAUGAAUUCAUUGCUGACAGGGGAGGAAAUGAAAUGGCUUCCUGUCUGAUGAUCUACAUAAACUCUAUUUCCAAAACGAUAACAUCGAUUAUUAUUUGGACAGAUAACUGCCCAUCACAAAAUCAGAACAUUCAAAUGAUUAUGUGGUACUUUUAUAUUUUAGCGAUAAAUCCGCAAAUAAAGCAGAUUAGCCAUAAGUUUCUCCUUCGUGGUCAUACUCACAUGGAGGUGGAUAGUAUCCACUCCGUGAUUGAACAGGAAUCUAAAGAAUGCCCAAAUUAUAAAAUAAUGACUCCUUGGCACUGGAUGCAGUUGGCUCGCCUCUCUGGCAAAAACAAAGACUACGUUGUAUUUGAAAUGACAACUCCUGAUUUUAAGGACUUUAACAAGCUCUACAACAUACCUAACGCUCCCUUUCAAAAUUGCAAGAAAACAGAGAAGGGCGAAAAAUUUUUGAUUUCAAAAGUAGUUUUAAAGCAAGGCAGGCAGGACUCUCCAGGUGUUCUGUUUUUUAAAAGUGAUUUUGAUCAGGAAUUUGAUAGCAUAGAUUUCAACAGAAGAGGAAGCCGAAAGCAGCAUCUUAACAUAGAAAACUCAUUAUUGACUCCACUUCGAGAAAUCCCUAACUUAAUAAUAUCAAAAAAAUAUACCUACCUUCAAAAAUUACUAAAGUGGGUGCCUAAGAUAUUCCACCCUUUUUAUCAGAACUUGGCCCAGUGACAAAAAUUUAAACCAAGAUAAUGGUGACUAAUACUUAAAAUUUCCUAUUACCUAAAUUACAUAAUGAGUUCUGUGUUUGUGUUUUUUUCUUUAAUAAUUUUCGAUUAAAAAAACUUGCCUUAUUUUUUUCGAUUAUUAUACAGAAUGUAGUAGGGUAUUUUGAUUUUUACCUACUUACUAACACUAAACAGUUUGUAUUAAGUCACAUUUUUGUCUAUUUUGUUUUGUGCAUAAACAAAAAAGCUAAACAAAAUUUUGGAUCAUUAAGUAAUGGUGUCCUUCCUUACAAUUUUUGCAAAAAACAAUGAGAAAAAACAAGCCCUGUUAUACAGGAAAAACGAAUAAAAAUAAACGUUUUUCGCUCUCCUGUAAAAUAUUGAAUUUGUGACUUAAUACCCUUCUGGUUUGAGGUGCAGAUAUGAUCUUU